AUGAACCUAGAUGGACCAAGAACUAAUGGUGAUGGACAUGCUCUCUCUGGGUUGAAAUUCUUUGAUGGCUCAAACUACCACUGUUGGAAGAGUCGCAUGCCUAUCUUCCUCCAAAGUGAUCAUGAUCUUUGGGAUGAAAUGCUAGAUGGACCCUUUGUGCCAAUGAAACAAAUAGUGAACGAGCUGCCUAACAAUGCAAAUGUGUUGAGUUCAGUUGCUCAUUCCUCUCUUCCAACUCUAUCAAUCAAGCUAGGAGAGAGAAACUACAGUCACUGGAGGUCUCAAGUAUUCCCUACGUUAACCUCUUAUGAACUUGACGGCUUCAUCACAGGUGUGCAUUCUUUCUCAAAGGCGAGAACACUUCAUUUGAGAAAUCUAUUGCAAAACACUAAGAAGGAGUCUAUGGGUGUUAAUGAGUAUAUUUUGAGAAUGAAAGAGUUAGGGGAUGAACUAGUGGCCAAUGGAGUUCAAAUUAGAGAUGAGCAACUAUUAUUAUACAUUCUGGAUGGCUUAGGUCCGAAGUUUGAUGCCAUGGAAGCUAAUUUGGUGGCUAAUAGUAGCACUGCCACUCUCUAA